GUAGGAGCGCGCGUGCACGACGUCAGUCUAUUGUGAGCGGCGCUCGCGAGGGAAGCUGUGGAGACGCCGAGGCACGAUCGUGCGAAUAAAAAUACUCGCAUUUGGAUUGGAUCAGCGUGUGUAAAAGAGGAUUUUACCCCACUGUCACCAUGUGUACCCCGUGUUGUGUGUCUCAGCUGGCAUGCUGUUGUGGCUCGGCCGCCUGCUCUCUGUGUUGUGGCUGCUGUCCAAAGAUCAAACAGUCCACGUCUACCCGCUUCAUGUACACCCUAUUCUUCAUGCUGGUCACCGUCACCUGUGUCAUCAUGAUGUCACCCACUGUGGAGCAGGGAAUGCGAAAACAUAUUCCAUUCUAUGAAGACAUGUGUCUCCAGCUAAACGCUGGGGAGAACUGCAGCACGCUUGUGGGAUAUUCAGCCGUGUAUAAAGUCUGUUUCGGCAUGGCCUGCUUUUUCUUAUUCUUCGCCUUGUUCACCAUUCGGGUGCGAACCAGCACAGAAUGCCGGGCGGCUGUCCACAACGGAUUUUGGUUCUUUAAGUUUGUGGCUUUGCUGGGCUGCUGUGCCGGUGGAUUCUUUCUCCCAAACCAAGAUAAGUUUCUAGAAGUGUGGCGUUAUGUGGGGGCCGCUGGCGGGUUUCUCUUCCUUCUCAUCCAGCUAAUGCUUCUUGUCCAGUUUGCCCACAGAUGGAAUCAGAAUUGGAGUUCGGGGGCCGAUUAUAAUAAAAUGUGGUACGCAGCAUUGGCUCUGGUCACGCUGGUGCUGUUCUCCAUAGCGGUGGGAGCCAUGGUCUUUAUGAUCAUAUUUUACACCCACCCUGAGGCCUGCUUCCUAAACAAACUCUUUCUGGGAGUCAACUGCGGCCUGUGCUUCAUCGUCUCCCUGUUGGCCAUCUCACCCUGUAUACAGACCUUUCAGCCCACCUCAGGUCUACUGCAGCCUGCGGUCAUCACCGUCUACGUCAUGUACCUCACGUUCUCAGCUCUCGCCAGCAAACCCAUUGAAACGGUGCUUGAAAACGGCAACAACAUCACCGUUUGCGUCUUUCCACUCAAUUCGGGACUGCAGAGCGACACCACCAUAGUAAAGGGUGUCGGGACGGCCAUACUGUUCGGCUGUAUUCUGUAUUCUUGUCUAAUCUCCACCACCAAGAGGAGCACAGCAGCGUUACGUGUUUACAGGAAUGAUAUGCCAGAAAAUGAGAGAGCACGCUGCUGCUUCUGUUGCGUCGAUGAUACAGAGGAUUACGACGAUGAGAAGACUGCAGGAGGGCAGAACGUCAUGUAUGAUGAGAAAGAGGGAACCAUCUAUAGCUACUGCUACUUUCAUUUCGUCUUCUUCCUCGGCUCACUUUACGUCAUGAUGACUGUUACCAACUGGUUUCAUUAUGACAACGCGAAGAUCGAGAGGCUGUUGGAUGGGAGCUGGUCUGUGUUCUGGAUCAAGAUGGCGUCCUGUUGGGUCUGUCUUUUUCUCUACAUGUGGACCCUGAUAGCACCCAUGCUCUUCCCAAAGAGAUUUUUAGCCUAGACAAAAUUCUAAACGUAAUCCACUAUCACCACUGUCCAACUACUGUGUGUGCGCGUGUGAGAGAGAGUUUUGUAUUUUGAUAUUGCAAGUUUUUAUUUGUUUAGAAUUUUUAGUAUAAGCUUUUAAUGGCCGUUGUUUUUAUGGAGAAUUGUUACAGAAAUCAUGUUACAUGCUGGUGUACGACUCCUAUUUCUUUACUGACAUGAAGGUAUAAAACCGAACGCAUCGCUCAGGCUCAUGCCUCACCUGUACGUGUCCUGCUUUUAAUGCUUUUCUUUGCGGUGGCUGAAAAAUUCUAUGCAAAUCAUCUGUGAGUUUUUCUGCCUCUCUUGAAGUAUUUAUGAUGUGUUUUGUGACAUCAUAGUGUAUUGAUUCACUAAACAGAGUAUCAAGUAUGCUUUUAGACAUUACAUUACAAUAUGUACCUUACAGUUACAGUACAGUCGGCUUAUCCUUAUGACAACAUUAAGGUGAUGUAACGCCAUAACGUGCAGGUGAAAGGCUUUUACAAAGUAUGGACAUUUCUGCCAGUCAACCAAUCAGAUUGUAGGAUUAGGGUCAGUGUUAGGUUUAACCUGUUAUUUACCUCUGUGGGCUUGCUUUGGUUGGGAUUUAAAUCGUGAGUAGGGUUUAAGGGAUAGUUCAUCCAAAAAUGAAAAUUCUGUCAUCAUUUACUCAUCCUCAUGUUGUUCUAAACCUGUAUGAAUUUCUUUUUUCUGAUAAACACAAAAGAAGAUAUUUUGAGAAAUUCUGGUAAACACACAGCAGAAAGUGACAAUAGACUUCUAUAGUAGGAAAAAAUAUUUUGGAAGUAUUGUGAUAAAUGAUGAAGAAAAUAUUUUGAUAAAUGAUGGAAAGCACACAGUUGACUGUACCCAUAAAAUUCCAUCUUUUUUUUUUAUUCCUACCAUGGAAGUCAAUGUGUGCUAUAUGCUUUGUGUUUACCAUCAUUUCUCAAAAUAUCUUCUUUUGUGUUCAUCAGAAAAAAGAAAUUCAUACAGGUUUAAAACAACAUGAGGAUGUAAAUGAUGACAGAAUAUUAAUUUUUGGGUGAACUAUCUCUUUAAGAUUUGGAUGUUUGUUUUUUUUUUUACAAAAAUGCCAUUCAGCUUCCAAGACCAACAAAAGUGCAAGGAACACGUGUUAUUCGGCAAAAUGAAAGGAGAGAUAAAUGAUUCCAGAGAAACAUUCCCUUGCAUUACAGUAAAUAAAGGUCUUUCCACUGCCGUCA